AUGGCGACAAAGAACCACACGGUGGUUACAGAGUUCAUCCUGCUGGGCAUCCCACACACAGAGGGGCAGGACACUGUGCUCUUUGCUGUGUUCCUGAUCUUCUACCUCUGCACUCUGCUAGGAAAUCUGCUCAUCCUUUUAGCUGUGAUGUCUGAUUCCCACCUCCACACGCCUAUGUAUUUCUUUCUUUGUAAUCUCUCCGUGCUGGACAUUGGUUUCUCUUCUGUGAGCACUCCAAAGAUGCUUGCCAACUUGUUGGUGAGGAACCAAGUCAUCUCUCUGGGUGGCUGCAUGUCCCAGGUCUUUUUUUACCACUUCCUGGGCUGCACAGAGAGCCUGCUCUACACAGUAAUGGCCUACGACCGGUUUGCUGCCAUCUGCUACCCACUGCGUUACACCAUCAUCAUGAACCGCCGGCUGUGUGCCCUGCUGGCUGCUGGCACCUGGUUUACUAGCUCCAUUCAUGCUAUAAUUUUCACUACGUUGACUUUCCAGCUGCCAUAUUGUGGUUCUAAUGAGGUGGACUAUUUCUUUUGUGACAUCUUCCCUGUAGUCAAGUUGGCAUGCGGUGACACCCUCAUCAUUGAGACGGUGAGCUUCAUCAACAUCGGCCUUGUGCCCAUGAUAUGCUUCCUCCUCAUUCUUGCCUCCUACAUCCGCAUCGUCAUUGCAAUCCUAAAGAUGCGCUCUGCUGAAGGGAGACGCAAGGCGGCAUCUACCUGUGUUUCCCACGUCUCAGUGGUCACUCUGUUCUUUGGGCCCUGUGCCCUCGUCUAUACUCAGCCAUCUUUGAGUGAAGUGCUGGUAACCCCCGUGCAGUUAUUUGCCAAUGUAGUCACCCCCAUGCUAAACCCCACAAUCUAUACCUUGAGAAACAAAGAUGUUAAGGGAGCCCUGAAAAAACUGGCUGGGGGCCAGAUUGUUUCAGAAAGAGGACACUAG